CGUAGUCGGUGCACGUCCGUCGCCGCUUGUUGACGUUCUAGCAUUUACAACCUUCUUGUCUGCUACGUGUAAGUACGUGUUCCUGUUCGCGAUGACAUAAUGCGCGAACACCACCGCUGCCGACGAACGCUCGCGCCAUAGCGACAGGAUUGAUAUUUAUCGUCGUCGCCACUUUUUAAAAUGGUGUUUUUUGGCAAGAACAAGUCGGACAGACGUGAACUGUUGGCCAGCAUGGAUCAGAUUUCGUCCAAUAAGAUACACGAGAACGGUACCCACAUUACCCAUAUUUUAAAAAUAUAGAAUUUCGGCUAAUUUUCGAUUUUAUACUAUUUUUUUUUCUCAUUUUCAAAUGUCUUAAAAUGAGCUAUGCAUUAAUUCAAUUGUUGAGUACAUUAAACUGAAUUUAAACAGUCGGGUCCUGUACUUCUUUUUUAAGUUAUUUUUAGAACUCUAUUUUAUACUUUUUUAUACUUUAAAUUAUUUCUUGUGAUUCAAAAUUUGUACUGUAUUAAACUACAUCAAUUUUGCACUUGAGAUAAUUAUCAAUACCUAUCACUUAAAUAAUCCGUUAAUAGUAAGGUUAUAAAAUAGUAAAAUAAUUUUCUGACGUUUUCAUAAUUUGAAUUACGUUGAAUAACGUUAAUGACGCUACUACUUCCGAUUUAAAUAACAAAUUAACAUUAAAGAAAAAUGAAUAAGAAACGAUUCAUUCCAUUAUUAUUGCGAUGUAAUAUGAAAUCCAAAAUAAAACCAAAACAAAUAUUCAACUAUAAAAAUAUAAUUUUAUUUGAACUAUUUGCGGACAACAGAGUAGAUAUUUAAUGGUUUUAUGAAUUCAUUUUAAUCAUCAUAUCUCUCUUGAUAAAUUAAAAUGUCGAAAAAAUAGCGCCAACGUUGCAUGGGUAAUGAACUGAUCUUUAAGUUUGUUAAUAAGUUAAUUCACUCUACUGAACGAAAAUAUCCCGUAUCGUAUGAUGGAGAUAACACAUUCGGAUAUCACGUAUUCUUAAAAUUGUUCAAUUAAAGAAACUCUGAAGGGGGGGGGAGAUUGUGACAUAGUUUACCAUCUUUAUAAACACCAAUAUCCAUUCAAACAUAAUUAUAAUUCAUUGCUUAUAAAUGUCCAAAACCCAUAAAAUUAAGUCUAGACACGCCACUGUUGAGUUAACGCACGGUUUUCAUACACAGAGUUUUACGUAUAUAAUUAAACAUACAUUAUAUGAACUUGUAGUUGUUUUGCGAUUAUAUCUAAUGUUAUUUAUGUUUACUAAUAUUUAUUUUUCGUGUGAUAAGAUGUAGUUUUACAAACAUUUACGUCCCAAGUAUAAUGGAACUCAUACAUAUAUAUUUACGUCGUAACUCAUAAUCGUAAAUAUUUAUAAGGAGCGUCGAGAAAUCAAUAUCAUAUAUAUCGGUAGAUUAUAUUUUUAAACGUAUCAAAGAUCUGUAAACAAUUUUGUUAUAUAGGUUAAGUACCUAUCUAUUUAGUAACUAUUUGUGCUUAUAAUAUAUAAUAGUUGAGUACAGUGGCGCAACCAGAAUUAAUUUUUGGAACUUGGUGGGGGAGGGAGUUAUGAAUCGUAAACACAUUUUCUGACUGGUUUUCGGGAUAAUGAAUGACUAAAUAGUGGAAGGCUUUUCAGUAAGACAUUUCAUUUGCAAUACGAAUAAUGUAACUAUAAUAUGUACGUACUGUAGGUAGAAUUGGUGAAAAAUCUCAAAUUUCGAAAGGGAGGGUAUAACCACCAUCUCCUCACACAGGUUCAAGAUCCCAUCUACUGAAACCCCUAAAUUUCAACACCAAAUCCACCUAAUAGCUACCCAAUUAAUUUCUCUUGUAUUCGAUACAUACCUACAUAAUGGCUUUCAAUAACUGUUUGUGAACUUACAUUUUAUCUAGUUUGUUCCCCCCCCCCAAGAAGUAACGAAUAUAUUUAUACAAAUAAUAAUAUAAUAUAUUGGUAAUACAGGUUCUCUAAAAUAAUAUAAAAAUUAAAAUUAAAAUGAACAGUUUCUAUCAUUGUAACAGUUAUGUGUAGAAAUUAUUUACCUAUUUAUUUCUUCCUCAGUUAUAAAUAAGUAUUAAAUUAGUAAUAAAUCCAAUUAACGCAUAUUCAAACUUUUCAACGAUAUUAUGUCUGCAGACUCGCACCUAUCCGUUAUUAAGUCGAGUGUUCUUUCCCUCAACGAAUACAUACAAGUAUUGAUUAGAUAGCCCAUACGAUUUAAUAUUGAAAUAAAUACUAUAGUUAUUUUAAUAGUGAAUGUUUAUUUUAAAUAAUUAUUAACACCGUGAAAUUCGUCAGGCUUCAUUUAUAACCAAUCGAGCUUAAAAACGAAAUAACCUCGUUAUAUAGCGUUAUGCUCACUGCCUCUACCUAUGUAAAAUACUAACUAAUAAUAACUAAAAAUCUACGACUUUAAUAGAUAAUGCAAUAUAGUGUACGGUUAUACGACGUUCAAUGUUUAUAGGGGUUGUGGGAUUCAAUACAAUUCAUAUCUAUAGGUAUACCUAUUCUAUAAAUAAUAUAACCAUAGUAUUACAAAUAACAGCCUUUUUUCUAAAAGAAAUCUGACUGAGAAGGUACUUUAGGAAAGUUAUUUUUCGAUUUUCCUAAGAGUUUCCCAGCAAAUGUGAAAAGCCGGGGGAAAACGGGAAAAUCGGAUCAAUAAUAAACAAAUAUUAUUAAAGAAAAUAUAUAUUGCCUAUUUAAUUAUUUUAUCAUAAUAUAAAAUUUUAUUAUAAUACCUAUUAUUUACAAAAACACUAUUAACUGAAUUCUGAUCAGAAUCGUUUUUUUGUUAGCAAUAGUUUAUCGUUGCUUACAGGUAUACUUUCAAUUUUCUUCUGUAUCCUACCUUCCUAACUUCUCACCUACAACAGUGGCUGCACCCGUCCCCAUUAUCUUAGGACAGCUUUUUCAUUAUCUUUAGUAUGAUUUUCAACUCCUGAAAAAUAUUUUUAAUUUGAUUGUUGAAAUACAUAUGCUUUGUUACUCUCUGUUUUUGGCGUACUUUGUUCCCUUAUUUCCAGGGUAACACAGAACUCAACAAAAAUUUUACUAAUAAUUGCCAUUUUCUUCCUUAAAUAAAUAUUUUUUGAAGAAAAUCAAAAAAUGACCACCUCAAUCUACCAACUAGAUAAAAAAAAUUCUACAAGAAAAUUCCAAUAAAGUUUUUGAUUGAGGCAAGAUAUCUGGGUAGAAGAGUUGCUCAGAAUUUUAAUAAAAUGCCAGAAAUUUACUUAAGCUAUUCUUCCUUGGGAUCAAAGAAUGUUAUAUACCUAUGUGCGUUUUAGAUUUUUGCAAGACGAGGUAUGUAUAACUUUUACAACGAUGUUUAUUUCUUUUUUUUCUUUACUGAAAUCUGUUUAAUUUAUUUUUGGAAACGUCCGUUACUGAAAUAAUGUUAAAUCAACCGUGGGAUUAGUUUCGAAAAAUAAAAUAUAAUUACAUAAAUAAAUAAUUUAAUUUUUAAUAAGUCGAUCCUUCAUAAGGAGAGGUAUAGCUGGUCUAGUUUAGUUUAUCGACAGUAUUUCGUUAGUAAACUUACGUGAUGCAUUAUUGUAUGUGUUAAAAAAUAUAAUCCACUCAAAAGAUAUUUGUCGAAAAUUAAAACAAUAAUUUCAGUGUUAUCGGGAUAUAGACACAUUUUUUUUCGAUUUUGAAAAACAAUUUUAUACCUACUAUAUAAUUUAUGUCAUGCCUAUGUAUUUUACAAUUUUUCAAUAACGAGUAUUCAAAAUCUCACAAGAAGUUGAGAUCUGAUCUAAUUACCCCUUACCCUCGGCUACGUGCAGCUUAAGGUAAAUAUAGAGUGAUUUUGUAGGCACCUCUCGCACCUCCCAGAUACGACCCUGGGGUUAUACCUAUACAUUUCGACCGUCAAAAAAAAAAAAAAUACACCAUUUUCUUAAAAUAUAUUGUUCACGCUAUGUUAUUAAAAUACAAAUAACUCGUAUUUCACAACUUAUUAUACGAAUACUAUUAUCUAAUGACGAUUUAAAAAAUACACGUGUUCAUCUAUAAAUCGUAUCGAAUACUUUAAUAAUACUAUAAUGAUGGGAUCCAGUUCCGUACGGUCGAAAUCGUGCGUAACGGUUUGUAAUCGUAAAUCGACUAAAAAUAUUAUCGGAAAGUGUGAACUAUAAGGCAUAUUUUUUUUUACCAAUUUUAAUAAAAUAAACUGGUUUAAAACUCCAUUUUAUUAACUAUUACUGUAUUAGAAUAUUACUUCCAAUUAAUUUACAUAAUCGCCCGUAUGGCCAUAUUGGAAUGAUUUUGGUAAGUAUUUGUAAUAAAUUAUAGUCGCGCAAAGAUACGAACAAAUAAACAAUCGUUUUGAGGUUUUGAAAACCUAGACCUUAGUAAUAUAGUUAUGAUAUCCCUAUAAUACUUGUAUACUUUUUGUUUUUGCGACAAACUAAAACCAGUUUUGAAAUCCUGAAGGUUAAUGUUAUAUAUCACAGUUUCGUAAUUUUGUUUCGAUUCGAUCAGUCACUAUAUAAGUGGGCAUAUUAGCAAAUAAAAUAUUUGAAUAUCAUAUUCGAUUUAUUUACGUAUAUUGGAGGGAUAUGGUACAUGGACAAAGAUCAAGGGCGAAUCCAGCAUCUAUUUACAGUCAGAACGUUUACCGCGGGCGCAAUUAUUGUAGGAAACUGGACUGCUUAGCCCCUUCCAUAAAACCAUGAUUAGCUCUACAAAAAUGUUUUCUGCUAAAGUUCUCUAUAAUGUACUUAUAUACCUGCAAUUUGAUAUUUUUCAAAGUACAUUUAUGUAAGUAUUUCAACUUAUUGUUUUGACAUCAACCGUUUAUACAUAUACAAUCAUAGUAAAUAAAGUUUACUUUUCUUAGUAACGUGGGUUGCACUUUUUCCCAGUAUCUCCCGCCAUCUGGAUCUACUAUCUAAUCUCCUGAAAUAUGUAUGUAUAUAAUUUUUUUAAUGAGUGACUACAGUGAGUACUUAAUUACUAAAUGCUUUUUAAAUUGUCGAUGUGGUCACUGCGGCAUUACAACAAUAAAAAAGAAAAUGUUUGUAAAAUGUUAUACAAGAUAUAUUAUUUUAUAUAUUUCGACUCUUCAUACUGGAAUGUGGUUUAAUUUGUAUAACGCGAAAAUAAUACUAUCAUUUUGAGCGUCUGAAUUUAUGUAGUGUUUUGCGUUUGUUGCAGCUGCAUUUCAACACGUCCGAGACAAUAUGGACGAAAUCAAUCACCACGUAAAGGCCAAAGAGACUGAUAUGAUAUUUCUGAAAACCCUGAUGGACAAUCCGGCAGUAGAAUCUUUAAUUAAAGUAAGUCGAAUAUAUUGGUUGAAAAAAAAAAAAUGAAAUAGUAUUUAAAACGCUAAAUAAAUUAAGACAUUUCACGCGAUGUAAAUAGUCAGGUGGGUGAUGGGUACCUAUUGUGAUGGUUUAAAUACUUAAAAGGAUUUUUUUUUCAUUGGUCUAUAUUGACGAUGUAACACGCGUAAAUAGUAAAUAUUACUAUGUGUAGUGGUCGGUUGUGCUGUAAAAUGGGUUAGAUUUCUUAAGAAAAUAUUUAUGGCCAUCUGAUCGGAUAAAUCGUGACUAAAAAUAUCCCAUUUUGUUCUAUCGUAUAUUGCGAAAUCAGAAAUACAUUAUUUUUAAAUCACAUAAUCGUGUGCACAACUUCUACGUGAUUUAAAUAGCAUUUACAUGUAUCCACCUAUAUUUAAGUAGGAUUAUAAAUUAUUUUUUCCAUAUUACUAUGAUAUUCGAUUUGAUAUGGUACUUAAUAUAACUAACAGUUUUUUAAAAAAAAUCUAAAAACUGAUAUCAAAAUAUGUCAAUAAAUCGGUUUUAUUUUUAUUGAUUUCUGUGUUAAUUUGAACACAAAAGGAAGGAUGCUCAGUCAUUGAUUGCAAUGACUUAUUGUUUUUUCACAACUACUAUACGAACAUGUGUGAAAUAAACCAUAUGAUUAAAAUAUCAUUUACGUGUGUACCUACCUUAAUGGUAUAGGUAUAUAGGUUAAACAUGUAUAGGUAUUAACAAAUUCGUAGUAUGGAAUCUAUUGAUUAUUAGUAUUAGUAUUAGUAUUAGUAUUAGUAAUUAGUAUUAAAUUAAAAUAACUUCAAUAUUUCAUACAUUACAAGUAAUCGAAGUAUAAAAUUAAAAACGUAAUAAUUACAUUUAAAUGUUUUGUACUAAAGUAUUUUAUAAAUUUGAAGAAAAAAAACGUUAUGAAAAGUGAGGUUUUUAUUUGUACAUGAGGGAGAGGUAUAUAAACUAAAAUGUUCGUCAUUUGCCCCCUAGAAAAAAUCCCAAAUUCAUCAUUUGGUACAUAAACAAUACAAUUACAAUAAUCCCCCUAUUAAUAUUAUACACCUUUCAUAUAUAUUUCAUAAUAAUAACUGUUACUAAUAGUGGCCUAUCCACAGUGCGAAACAUGUUCGACUUAAAUAAAUUUUGAUCAGACUACUCGUUAUUAUAUUAUAUACUGUUAUACAUUUUUAUAUACCUAACAUAACAUAUUAAUUAUCAAUGAUGUUCAAAGUGUAUACAUAUUGUAUAAGAUCACUUUCAAUUUGAAUAAUAAUACAUCAUAGUUAAUAAAAAUGUUUUUUUUGUCACAAUGUGUACCUAGGUAUUGUAUACGAAAAUGAAUUGUGUUAAUUGUAUUGUUCACUUGUAAAAUAUUUUUGUAAAUAAAAAUUUGAAAAGAAAAUCUAUCACGUUAACUUUCAAAGUUCGAGCUAAAUACAUAGAAAACCAACAAUAUCAUAAACGAAACAAAUUUAAAAUCUAUUAUUAAAAAUAUAUUGAUAUACUAUAAACAAAAAAAAAACACCCGUGAGCGGCAUAGCUCUGUUUCUAAAGUAGGAUUCCCCCCUAUAGAAAUAUUCUUUGUGAUAAAAUAAAUAGCCGAGUACUAAAACUAGUAAAACUAUAUUAGAUGGGGGGGGGGGACUGUAAUAUUUUAUUCAUGUGUUCAAUGUUUUAUUCAUUGAUGUAAAAACUUGUUUAUGUUCGAGUAAAACUUUUAAUAUUAUACUAUACUUCAUAAUAAAAAAAAUUAAAUUAUGAACAAAAAUGUUAGGGGGUGGGUGAAUUUUGAUACUACCAAAAAGCACAUUCUUGAUACCAAUGCUAAAUAUAAAAUAUUUAGUUUAAAAAUCCUUUUCCCUCAACAACAUGCUGGAAAAAUUCAUAUUUAAAUUCAAUCCAACUUGUAUUACUUCAUUUUACGUAUAAAACAUAUAAGUUUUGAAUGGAUUUUGAAAUAUUAUUUGGUUAGAAUUAAUGCGGAUUUUUAACAGAGUUGUAUUUUACAGAUAUUUUUACAGUUUGGCUUCAUAUUAUAUUUAUAUUUAGUUAUAUGCAAGUAAAUAUAUAUAAUUAUUAAUUAGUAUAAAAUGCACGUAAACAGGAACGCGUAUUUUAAAAAUGUAUUAACGCAAUGAUGUAUCGAUUGCCAAUGGUAAUAAUAAAAUUCGAAGAAUCGUCAAUAAUUUAUGAUAUGUUCUGCACGAACGUACCUAUCAAUAUUUUUAAGAUUAUUUUAUGGAUAGAUUUGUUCGAUGAUUGCAAGCAUUUUUAUUUAUUUAUAUUGGUAAAAAAUGAAAAUAUCAACAAAAAACUCUCCCGUAGUGAUCGUAUAAUAUCCAUAGUAGGUAAAUAUCGCAAUCGUCGAAAGACAGAAUGCCUUUGUUGUAAUAUAUUAUUUAUGCCACGAGAUAAAUAGAAAAAGAGACGACCACUCUUCGCUCGUGGGUGAACUACUGUUGUAGGUGAGAUGUUAGGAAGGUAGAGGGGGAAUUAUGUAUAUCUGUACGCAACGAUUAACCAUUGCAAAUGAAAAAUGAUUCUCAGCGGAGUUUAUUUGAUAGUGUAGCUUUGUCAACAAUUUAUGUAUGUUAUAUUAUAAUGAUAUAAUUACAUUUGCAUUACAUAUUUGCUUUAACAAUAUUUGUUUAAUAUUGUACAUAUUUUUCCGUUUUUCCUAUUUAUUGGGGAAAACUCCUGGGAAAAUCAAAAAAAAUAUUUCCCUAAAGUACCAUUCUAGUUAGAUUUCCUUUCAAAAAAGUGCUAUUAUUAUAAAUCGGAGCAAAAUUUCUGGUAAAAAAAUCUUGUCUACAGAAAAAAAAAACAUCAUUGUAAAACCAAUACAUUUCUCGCUCCGUUUGAAAUCUAAAACAAAAUAUGUUAGUGACGAGACCCUUUAAAACGCUAUUAUUUAACCAUCAACGUGUACGUGGAAACGAUCAUGUGUGCGGUUUCGACAAGGCGACAAAUGAUUAUUUUUUUGUUUCAUUCUAUUUUAAAACUUAAGUAAUCGAGUAAUGUUAUUCUAUUGUAGCGACGACGUUGAACCACGUAUGUGUAUGCCACGAACACUGUUUAUAUUGUGUAGGUACAUAAUACGAGUACAACAACAGUAGGUAGGUACACGUCCGUCUAUACUUUCGAAAUUCUAUAUAUUGAAAUAUAAUAGUCAAAGAAGCCGUACAGGUAAAAAAAUUAUACUAAAACAUGGAGUUGAAGACGGCGGUGGUGGCAGCAGCGCGAGAACACUAUACCUAUUGUGACGUGACCUCUUGAACUUAUUAUUUGUUGUAUAAACGGUUUGGUUUUCGUGAUGCGUUUUCUAUGAUUUUAUCACUAUUAUCGGUACACUAUAAUAAAUAAAACAUAACCCUAUAUUAUUAUUUUGUAUAAUUAUAUGUACUGUUGCUAUUGAGAGCUAUGGUUGUACAGUUCCGUGAUUCAGUAAAUCAAUGAUCAAUAUUUAAUCAUAGGUAUUAUAUUAUAGUCCAUGUAUCAAUGUGAAGUGUGCAAAAACUUUCAGCCAAUGUUACUAAAAAAUGAUCUAUUCCCGGUCUAAACAUCCGUAGUCGUCUAAUAAUUGCAAUAAUCAUUAUUUUUCAAUUGCUUAAUUGUAAAAUUCCAUAUUUUCAAAAUCGAAAUCCUUUGCGUCGUAUUAAAAAUUUAUUGUUUUUCAAUACUUAUUCAGACUAAAACAACGAAUUUAUUAAAUACUCAAGUUAACCAAUAAACAAUCGCAUUAGUCAUUAUUUCUACAUAAUAAAGUAAACAAAUUAUGUAUUUAUGUCUUUAUAUAGUAUUUGAAGUUAGAGAAUAAUACAAAAUAACAGUUAAAACAAUUGUGAUAAUCAUAAAAACAAUACACAAAGAUGAUAACGUGAGAUUAUAGUCGAAAAUGUACUAGGUUAUUAUUAUUUAACCAUGGCUGAUUAACUUAACGUAUCUAUAAUCAAUGAUUAAGGAAAUAAUAGAAACUGUACAGUUGGGUAAUGGUCUUAAUCAUUGAUAUUUGAAUGUAAUUUAAUCACUGUUUAAUCGUGCACGGUACAACUAGCCGUAAGACAGGUGUCUCUUCGCAAUUUCGUUACCGCAAACAACGUUAGAUAUAAUUUAUUUCAUGAUGAUAAUUUUAAUUUUAAUCUAUUUCACUAUAAAUAGUAAAACCUUAAGAAAGAUAUAAAAUACCUUGCAAUAGUGAAAAACCUCACGAGCAUGCAUGUAUCUAUCUGCAGAAAUCAGAUAUACGUGAAAAUAUACUUUAUUCUUUUCGUUAGUAAAAUGUAUAAAAAGUCACUUAUAAUUGCUACAUAAGUCGUUAUAAUACCUAUAAUGGUAAAUAUUGCAAGAAAUUGAAUCCACGACUUAGAAGCUGCAAUUUCUAAAAACUACCUACACAGAUAUGUGUAAUCUAUAUAUGUAUACAAAACGAUAAUAUAAUGGCACACAUAUUAUACUCGUAUAUAAUACGUACACAUAAAAUGUUUCAAAGAGAUAUCUACCUACUUUCACAACCGGCCGGGGUUUAAAAUGUUUGUAUAUUAUUUUUGUAUGCAUCGGUAUAACAUGUAUUAUAAAAAUUACCUACUGUAAACGAACAAAUUAACUUUCAUUCAUUAAAUUCGAUUGUGUUUGUACAGUUCGAUGCAGUUUAGGUGUUUACUAUAUCUAGAAUCGUACUCAAAUUUCAGGGGCCGUCACAUGCAAUAGAAAUUGUCAUCUCUGUUCUAUUAACUGAUAAUAAAGCUAAAAUGUGUUCAAGUAAAAUUAACUAAAACUGUCUAAAGGACCCUUAAAAACAAUGUAAGAGAUAAAUUAUCAAUUAUAAAAUAUUUAGAUAACUACAUUUUGAAAACAACCUUAUCGGCCUUUUUUAAAACAUUAAUUAGAUAUUAAAAAAGUUACAUUAUUUUAAAAAAAAAAAAUGUUCGUAUCUUCGAUAAUAAGUUGAAUACUUAGAAAAUUGUAAAACACCAACGCGAUUGUCUUCAAAAUGUUGUAAUUUACAAAUUGUAUAAUAGGUUUUUUAUAUUUAAAACCAAUUUUAAUGACAUUUUCUGUUUUUAUUUGUUUUACGUGAACAUACUCGUCUGUUUGCUAUAUUAUUUUUUAUAAAUAAGAUAAAGAGAAAAAAAUGUCGAUGUUAUGGUCUCUUAACCAUAAGACUCGAUGGUUUUCGAUAGGGUAUUUACUGUGUACAUACAGUUACACUAUAGGUACUAUAUACACACUAUAGAUACAAUGUAAAACACGAAAAAAAAAAGUUUCUGUAAAUCUUAAGAAAAUUGUAAUUAUUUUAGUUAUACUUAGGUAUAAUUACUAAAAUAAACACAAUUUAUAUUACUAUUACGGUUUUAAUGGUAUAAGAACGGGCAAUGAUAAUAUACUAUGACGAAUAUAUUUCGUUUUUGUUUUCUUGAAAAAUUAUUGAGAAUAUACGCAGUGUAUCCGUAAUUUUUCAUCAAAACGUUUAGAGUGUACGCCAUAUAUUAUGCAAUAAUAUGUAGUAUAUCCUAUUGCCCUAUUGGAAAUCCACAUUAAUAAAAAUAAAAUGUAAGGUAAUAUAAUAUGCCUAUAGAAAAUUGUAUCAAUGCCAUUUUAUACUUUGUACUUGGAUCACUGAAUUACAAUAAAAAAACAAAAUUGAAAAUAAUAAAAGUAUUACUUUCGUAAAAUAUUUUCUCUUUUAAAAAAGGUGUGUACUUAAUAUUUCAGAGCAAUAUUCAUGGUAGAAUUUUUAUACACAGUAUAAAAUAAAAAAAUAAACAUUCUAAAACCAAUACAAUCUUCGCUACACUCAGUAUUUAAAACAAAAAGUAAUUUUUUUGAAAAGUAUUGGGCAUUUUAAAAAAAUUUUCAAUUAUUUUACCAUCAGUCGAAAAUCUGUAUCUCUAAGGUACAGCUUGCAAAACUUAUAAAUAUUUUACUGACAGUAAUUAUUUUUCGGGGGAAAAAAAACAACUAUGAUAUAUUAAAUGUUAAUAAUUUAAAGCUAUAAUUUUUAAAAUUAAAACGUUUUUUAUACACUGAACAAUAGUGGAGAUUAACCUGAAUUAAAAAAGUAAAAACGAAAUAAUUGCUUUUGAACUGUAUUUCCAACCGAAUUAAUUGGAAACGAUCAAAACUUAUCAAGGAGUAGUAUAUAGGCAAUCCCAGUGUCGUUUCAAUAGAAAACUUAGUUUGGCAACGAACUUGCCUUUAAUUAUUUUAAGAUUUUUCAUAGUGGAGAUCAUUUAAGAAUAGAAGUAGUUUUUUUCAAAUUUGAUUAUUUACAUAUGUACAAAAUUAUAAUUAAUAUUUAAAAUAUCAACAUGUCAACUAUUAUUUAGUAUUAUGGUUCAAAAUGACAAUAAGUCAUUGAUAAGACAUUUUUUAUUAGUUAGGCAACUAAAUUAACUGUCUUAAAUUUAUCAUUUUUAUUACACAUACAAAUAGCUAAUAUCUACAAGAUUUAUAUAAGCUGAUUUGGUUGCCUAACUAAUGCAAAAUGUACAACUGUUGAAAUAUAAUAAUUCAUUGAAAAAAAAUAUUAACAAAUCUCAUAAGCAAUAGACACCCACCCAUCACUAAACUCAAAUUCCCCUCCACCUCUAUUUUUAAAAUAAAAAUAAUCUUUUCAAAACAAUUAAUAAUUAAAAUAACCUAAUACUAAAAUAAUACAAUACAAUAUUUUAAUAUACUACAAUUUUUUUCGUUAAACUAUUUCCAAAAAAUGGUAAAAUUUAAUCAUAAAGUGGAAAGUUGAAUCUUCCAAAAGGCAUAUUCUUCAUAACAAACAAAAUAUGCAUUAACAAAAUAUUAUCCCUUUGGAUAACAUGGAAAUAAAGAUUUGAGUAAUCUAUAAGGGUGUACGAAUCUAAAGAGCAAAUACCCUCCACCCGCAAUAAUCCUGUUAAAUUCAUAAUAAAAACUCAACCCAACUUUUAUCACUUCAAUUCUCAUAUAAAAUAACUUUUAUUCCUGUUUUUGGGUUAUUUGGUUUCAAAAGAGCCGCUAUAAAUCCAAAAGUUACGGAAAAAUAAAAGUAUUAUAAUUUAUAAGUAUAUUAUAAUAGACAGUUUAGUUACAGUGCAAUAUUAGAAUAGUAUCCAGUACACUACUGUGAAUACAACUAGAACUAUCGGCUCGAGUGAUGAGGCUUUAUAAAUAUCAAAAUUAAAAUUCGUCCGUUAAAAAAAAGCUUUUGAAUCAUUCAUCUCGUAUGUCCCUUAUUUCCUAAAUUUUAUAAUUUCAAUUUAUUUUAUCAAUUUUAGGUAACAAUAAUAUUAAGGUGAAUCAAAUAAUUUUAUCUGCAAAAUAAUUUAGACUAAAUAAACUGAAAUUAAUCAUUAUAAUUAUAUAUAAAAUCAAUUAAAAAAUAAUCUUAAGUUUUAAUAAUCUUAAUUUUCUUUUAGAUUCUGAGUAGAGCGAAGAAGCUUAUGGUUUUACAAAGAUGUUUAUUUUUUAUUUUUAUUUUUUUUAAUCUGUGCGCAACUUUUCUACCAGAAUACUUACUCGGAUUUUUUCGUGUAGCACCUUUUCUGAAAGGAAAUCGGGGAGGUGCUUCUUUAGUGAGAUCAUUUUUUAAUUUUCUCAAGUGUUUUCCAAGCAAGUAUGAAAAACCGGAAUGAAACAUGGGAAAACCUAGAAAAACAGAGGAAAAUUUGGUAAAUCGGUACAACACUAUACACAUUUUAUUAAAGAAAAUAUAUAAAGCCUAUUUAAUUAUUUUACUAUAAAAUGACAUAUAUAUUGUUGACAAAACAUCACUAUUAACUGAACUCCACUCAGAAUCGUUUUUUCUUAAGCAAUGGUUUAUCGUUGCUUACAGAUAUACAUUAAUAAACAUACAAUAUUGUAUGUACCCAGAUAAAAAUAAAAAUAUUUUCAACAUGCGUAUUAUUCAACAACAAUAUUCUAAAUAAAUUGAAAAUAGUGGGUACACUUAUUACGCAAUAUAGAUCAAAUAACAUGAUGGAAUGAAUUGAUUGAAUGAAAAAUAUAAAACCUUGGAUACCUAUUUAUAUGAAUUACGUCGUAUUAAAUGUAUUGUUAUCUUUGUAAAAUAUAUGUGUCGUAUGUCGUUCUAAUUUAUUAAGUCACUGUUAAAUACUGUACAGUAAAAAAAAACACGUACAAUAUUAUUAUUGCAUCAUGUCGCGCAAAAAUAGUAAUAUUGCAUUAAUAAUGUGCUAUUUCAUAAAAAUACCAAUUAAAAACUAAGGACCGUUUUCUCCAGUGUAUAUAAAUACGUUUAUCUAAUUUUUAAACCGGUUUUAUGGCUGAUAAUUGACCACAAUUUGUCUGUAAUCUCGUAAACCCCGUUUAAAAAGCAACGUUUAUACUUUUCCAUUGACGAGAACGGCCUUAAGAUGUUAUAGUGGUAAAUUUAUUUUCUCCUUCUCCAUCACCUUUAUCCCAUCUAUUCGAGGUCAGCCACCCUCGUCCUGAACUUCCACUUAUAGUCCGAUCUCUCUCCUCGCAUACACUGAUUGUCAUUCGGGUGCCCUCAUAUUAUUCUCAUUCGAAUCCAAAAAAUAUUUUUAUCUGUCUUCCUCUUCCCUUCAUUCUUCUUGCUUUUAUUUUCCUUACGAUUCUUACUGUAUCAGAUUCUUUUCACCUCAUGGUAUGUCUAUAUCAUCUUGGUCUAUUUUCUCUCAAUUUGUCUACUAUAUCGAAGCCAUGCCUAAGCUACCUUUUAUGUAAUCGUUCUUUAUUCUAUUUUCUCUCGUCACUCCAAUCAUCCACCUAAAUUCUCAUUUCGGGUAUACUUAUUCUCUGUUCUAUUUUUUUGUCUACCUUCCAAUAUUUUAAACCAUAUCAUAUAAUUGGUCUCACUACACUAUUGUAGAACUUACACUUAAGUUGGAAAUCUCUUGUUACAUAAAAGACCUGACGUUUCUUUCCAUUUUAUCAAAUCACAUUUAAUUUUAUGUGUUAUACAUCCACUUUUUUUUUGUUUCCAUAUAUAUUAUACAUCCAAUUCCGAUCCCCUCUCACAAAAGUUUAGCACUAAAUUAAGUUAUAAAACUGACAUACAAUUUUUAAUUAUUAAAUAUUAUAAAAUAUUAUGAAAAUCUAAUAAAUAACUGUCGUUUUAUUAUCAUUCAGUCUGCUUUGUUUUACACUAUUAUACUCAAUGAAAUAUCGUGACCGAGAGUAAUUGUGCGACGUAAUUAUUCGAGUUUCGUAUUUACAAUAUUAAACAUGUUUCAAAGUAUCUUAAAAUCGUAGUAUUUAUAUUAGAUAAACUGUGCGUUCAAUUAAAAGGUAUGUGUAAUUUCUACCAAUUUAUUUAAGAUUUUGAGUGGAGUGAAUGUAUUGGUUUUGCAUUGGUGUUUAUAAUUUUUUUUUUCUAUCAACAACAUUUCUACCAGAAAUUUCGCUCCGAUUUUCAAGUGUAGAAUUUUUUCUGCAAGGAAAUCUUACUGUGGUACUUUAGGAUGUUAUGUUUUUGAUUUUCCUAGGAGUUUUCAAAAUAGAAUGGAAAAACCGAGAAAAAACGUAGAAAAACGGUAAAAUUUCUGAAAUGUAUUAUUCUCAAGUUGUAAAUAUUACGGUCUUUCAAAACGUGUAUAAUCAAAUUCCGCUCAAAAUUGUUUUUCAUUAGCAAUCAUUAAUCUCCGCAUAUAGGUAUACAUUAAAUUUCUCUUCUACCUCUCCAACUUCUCACCGACAACAGUGACCCACCCAUUGUGCGAAGUAUAUCAAUUUGUUUUUUUUAUAUAAGUGUGUGUAUCGGAAUCUAAUUUAAAUAUUAUUUAGUUGGGGUCUGUGGAUUAUAUUUUGAUAUAUUAUUUUAAUGGAUAUAUGUAUAACUUACAAGGUCGACCAACUAUAUAGAAAAAAUAUAAAGAUUUUUUUCGUUAUAUUCUAUAAUAUCAAAGAACGUUUACAGCAAAUACAACUCGUUAGCAUAAAUUCCUACUCAGCUGAUUAUAAGUUAUAACACAUACGUAUAUAAAACCAAUACUGGUGUAAUGGUGUGUACUGUAUAAUGUAUAGUAUAAAACUGCAGUAGUGUAACAAUAAAUUAAGCGUAUUGGUACUGAUUUUAUAUGCAUGGUUAUUUAUAAUUUUAAAAUUUUUAUUUGAAAAUUUGAAUUUAACGGUUAUGGAUGUUUUUUGAUUGUUUUUUUAAAUGAGUUAACGAUUUUAGAUUCUGAAUGUAGCGAGUUGAAUGAAAUUUUCAAAUUUCCCCUGAUUGGAGCAAAAGAAAAAAAAGAUCAUUGCCUAUUUGCAUACACCUGUCCGUUCACUCAUAUUACUUAACAAGCGAAAAAAAAAUCAUAGCAUUUUUUUAUAUUCACCUAUAAUUAGGAUUACCAUACCAUAAUAUUUUUAGACCAAAUCCAGAUACCGUUUUAAAAAUAAAUAAUAACAAAAAAAAAAAAAAAAAUGAUAACUUUUGGACCGAUAUAACCGUGUUUUUCGUUUACUUUUGUAAAAUUCGGACAUUUCCCAAAUCUGGACGUACAGAAAUUCCUACCUAUAAUGCCUAGGGCCCUUAGAUGUCAUGAGCUCAUAGCUCAUUGCCCUUCAUGCCACCCUAUCGAUACGACAGUGAAUGAAUUACAAAUUUAUUUAUUAAGAUGUGUCAUUUUUUCUGUUUUCAGCGAUUCAAUUAUCAAUGUCAGUAGUGUAGGUGUCUAAUACCAAAUUUCAUCUAUUUGGUAUAUUGAGGAUUGAGGGCCUUUUUAAAAUUUCCCUUGUAGCUUUCUUAUACUAAUGGAAAUAACCCGAGAUAAACGGGAAUAUUUAUGCAAAUAAUUGUGUACACUUGAUAUUUUUGAUAUUUAUUUUAGUACUUAGGAAUCGUGGUGAAAUUUUCAAAAUAUAUUGGUAUGUUCUUAGUUAUUUAUAACAUAGAAGGAUAUAAUUUAAAUCUGUACGCAACGAUAAACUAUUGUUAACGGAAAACGAUUCUGAGAGGAGUAUUAUUACUUAUCAGUCGUAUUUGUCCAUUAUUAUCAAAGUAUCUCAGAAAUCAAAACAAAUUAUACAAAACUUGUCAGUUGUUUUGAUUAAUUAAGAAAAAUUAUACAGAAAAUCAAAAAAAACCUCCCUAAUGCACCAACUAAAAGUAAAAACUAUAAUUAAAAUUCAUAUAAAGUUUUUGACUUGAGCAAAUAUCUGGUUGAAAAGUUAUUUACAGUCACACAAAAAAACCUAUCACAGUAAAAUAAAUGCAUUCCUCACUUCUCUCAGAAUCUAAAAUUGUAACUUAUUUCAUAGUUAUACAAAUCAAUAUAAUGUACAAUUGUCAAUUUAAAUUUAUUAAAACAUGUUUAAUCAAACUUUGUUCAGAAUUGUUCUUAGGUUGCGAAGAUUUAUAUUUGCGUAUACAGAUAUAAACUAAAUUACCUUAUAUAUCCAUGUAUCUCCCUAACUUCUCUUCUACAACACCCACCCAUCGGAAGAAGUUAUUAUUUCAUUUUUAUUUUUAUUUUAUUUAUUUAUUUAUUUUUAUUUCAUUAUUAAUUUGUCAGAGCCUUUUUACCGGGUUAUGCAUACCAUAAACUGUGAACAUAGACGUAGAUCUGUAUCUAGGCUAUAGAUUUGAAUAAUAGUCGUUGUUGUCAAUUAAUGACUGAUAUCAGGGACAUAUAGACUAGUGGGGAAAUUCAGGUGCCCGAUCUGUCAUUAUUGCCCAUUUUAUAUUUACAUAAUGUACACGAUUAUAUAUGUAGAUUAAAAAAAAAAACUGUCUCACAAAGAAAUUGUUUGCCAUUGAUCCUUCCUCACACAAAAAAUAUGUUUACACCACUAACUGAUGUUAAUUUGCGAUUCUUGUCUAUAGAGAACGCCGCGGUGUCUUUUUUCUAUAGCGGUCGUAAGACGGUCAUAUACUCAUAUGUAAUGACGUAGUAUUUUAUGUAAGUACAUUAUUUGACCGUCACAGAAAUAUUAUCACACAAGUACGAGACGAAAACAAUUUUUUUUUAAUUGAAAAACAUAAAAACUCCGCAUAUCUGCUCUAUCUAAUAGUCGAAGGUUAUUAUUGUAUUUUAUCCAAAUUCUAUAGAUUAAUGGUAUACAAUACAAAUUCGAAAAAUAUUACAUCAACGAUUAAACGCAUUAUAUAUCAAAAUUACUUUUAGCUUAUUAGACAUGACUAGACAAAAUAAUAUGUGGUGUGAUGUGACGAACGAAUUAUAAUAAUUUGAGACACGUACCUCAAUCUAAAGAGUGCACUUUAAUCUAGAGAGAUGGUCCUUUUUUCAGAUUAGAAGUAGAUAAUUUUUUUUAAUUUCUUGUUAUCCUAUGAAUGAUUUUAAAGUAUCUAUUAGUAAAGUAUUUAAUAAAUCUUCGAUCUUAUAUAUAUGUCUUUAAUUUAUACAAAAUAGAAAUUUUAAACAUUUACUGGGAACCUGAUUAAAUUGUUAUUUUUCGGUGGUUUUUUUGUAAAAUACUAUGUAAUUUAUUAAUAUUUUAAUUUGUCCGUAUGUACAUAUAUUAUAGGCAUUGCAGUUGUACAUUAUAUUAUUUUCAUUUCCUUCAAAAUUUAAAAUAAAAAUUACCUAACCCAUUAUAUCUUAUUGAUUAUGUUUGUAAUAUUGUAAGGUUUUUGUGUGUAUAUUAGUUGUUAUGUUAUAAACAUGUAUCAACAUAAAGAAUAUAAUGAUUAUAUUGUAUAAACGUUUUUAAAAAAUAAAAAUAAAAAUUUGUAUUAUAAAGAAUAUAAUGAUUUUUCUUAUUUUUUUUGGAGACGUUUAGAAAUUCUGUGUGUUCAGUAUAUAUAAAGACAUUUUUUUUUUGUUUAGUUGUAAACUCUAAAUAUAUAUAUAUAAUAUAUUUGUGUAAAUACAAGGGUAUUGUAACCGGAUAACCUAUACCUAAAACAUAUAUUGUAUACUUGAACUAUCAUUGUAUUUUUAUUUUCAUUUUUUAUCACAAAACGUAUUAUUGUUAGUAACAAUUUGUUAUAAAUAAUAAUAGCGAGCAUAUCAAAACAUUUCAGUCUAGACUCCCAAAUGUAUAUUUUUAUUAUGUACUUUGUACCUCGUCAUAAAAAUACGGAUUUUCACUCGUAUGAAUCACCAAUAACUCUUUUAGCCACACUUUACACGUCCGGUAUCGCGAAUUGGUUCCUGAGCUCAUACCCCACAUGUCGAAUUGGUUUCCGUUUGAAAAAGGUACUUUAUGAAGGUGUACCGAAUUGACAUAGCACUUUUUUCUGAAAGGAAAUUCGAUUAAAGUGGUGCUUUAGGUAGCUUUUUUUUAUUUUCCCAGGAGUUUUCUCAACAAAUAGGAAAAACCGGGAAAAACAUAUGAAAAUUGUGAAAAUGUAUGAAAAAAUGUAUUGUAUUUUUAAUUGUUUGAUUUUUGGUUUAUUUUGAUUCGGUUAAAAAUAUUUGUAGAGACUUGAAAUUAGGACAGAAAACUUAUAUUUGUCUUUUCUAGACGUGGUCAAAUUUUCAAAACAUCGUAGUCAUUUGUAGGCUAUUUAUAUACAUGUUAAUUUAAUAGUCAUUUAUGAUGUAUUUAUAAUUAGUAGUUACUGUACCAUAAUAUGAUUAUAUAUUGCUGAAAAGCAAUCAAAAAAGGACUACUAACCGAACUUUACUCAGAUUUGUUUUUCGUUAGAAAUGGUUAAUCGUUGCGUACAAAUAUACAUUGAAAAUCUCCCACAACAGUGGCUCACCCAUGUGUGAAAUAUAUCCGUCUUGUUUUAUUAUUGUUAUUAUUAUUUUAUAUAAAUUAUGACUUGUUGGCUUCCAUUUAAACGUUUAAAACGAUUUUAAAAUUUUAUUUUUGUUUUUAAUUGUUAUUAUGACUUCAUUUUAUGCAAAUUUUUAAACUUACCUACUUUACUUCUAAGUUGACAGUCCUAACCAAUUCGUCCAGUAGUGGAUAAUAUUAAAAAUUUAAACGGAAACUAAUUCAGCUCACUUUCAUAAAAUACCUUUUUCAAACAGGAACCAAUCCAGCUAAAUAGAAACCAAUAAUUACGAAACUUAUGUUACGGAAACAAUAUUAUUUUUACUUUGAGAAGCAUUUUCUACUGCGUGUAACUAACAAAAUAUACCUUUACAAUUAUUAUUAUUAAUUUUACUAUGGAAAAUAUUAUAUUCCAUAAAUUAUAAAAGCCUCAACUCGGCAAAAAAUAUGUUUUUUUUUUUCCAAUACUUUAUGCGCAGGAGAAAACCAAUUUUUAACUACCUAUCUGUUUUGUAGUACAACGUAUCUUUCGGGUGUAUUGACAUGCGUACGAUAACAAUAAAUGCUGCCAAGCUAAUAAUGUAACUUGAACUCCAUUGUGUGUACUCGUGUGGAAUGUUUUCACGAUGCAUGCGGUGUGAUUAGAUUUGUUGUGAUAUAAAUAUACUGCUAUUAUUGCAUAGCUAAUAGGUAUAAGUAUAAUAAUAAUAAUAAUAAUGUAUACAAAUAAAAAAAUAAUGACUUUUAUUUAAAUUUACUUAGGUAGUUAUAAUAAAUAGUCAAUCAUUUACUAUGAUUGAUUUUAAAAUUUUAAAUUAAAUUCCGAGCAAUUGUAUUUUGUAGAAAGAUCAUUUUCUAAACUUCAAAUAAUUAAAACACUAUAUAGAUUGAGAUCUGCAAUGGAAGGAAAAGAAACUCGAUCAUUUUUAUAAAGAUUUCCUGCGAAAUAAAUAUUAGUGAUACAGACACAUUAUUAUAUACCAAAGAUAAAAGUGUAAAACAUUAUAUUUCAUAACAUAAUGCCAAUUCUAUAGGUUCAUUUAAAAUAAUUGUUCAUUCUAAUUUCACGUUAUUGAUAUUUUCGAUCUAUAAUAUUGACAAAAUCAUUAAUUAAAUUUUUUCUGUUUGAUAGUAUUAUAAUAUUUAUCUACUGCUCGCUUGAACAAAUUAAAUGUAACACGGCGCCACCGAGUAAAUUUAAAAUAAAUGUAUGUACGUCGAAAAUCCUUAAAGUACUGGUGAUCAUUGAAGCAACUCUAACAUAUCGUAUUUUGGGAUAUCGUAAUAUUUGUGUGGUGUUACGGCGCGUGGCUUUCAAAUAGUAGUCCACGCAGGCCCGUAGCCAGACCAAAUCAUUAAGUGGGGUAACCACAAUUUUAGGGGGGAUAUUAGAAAAAAAACAAUAUUAAUACAUAUAUACAUUCAAUACUUGUUGGGGGGGGGCAACGAUUAGGUCCGAGGGGCAAUGCCUCCUGCACCACCCGUGGCUACGAGCCUGAGUUCACAACUGUUCUUCUUCUACCCAAACUAGUUAAAUGUUUCGUAAACUAGUCGAUAGAACUUAAAAAUGUCUAUAUCAAAAUUUAUUUAAAGUAAAACUUCAUCUAUUUAGAGAUUUGUUAAUAUAGAUUGCUAUUUUCAAAUGAAAAGUUGGAAAUGAUUUCAACUCCAAAAACAAGUGACAAAAAAUAACGGUAUUGUAAAAAUUCUACAGCUAUUUAUUUCUUACAUUGUCCAAAAAAAAAAACAAAAAACAAAAUUCCGAAAAAAGUUAAUAAUUUCCGAGAUACUGAGGGUCUUAUUGAGGAUUGAUCAUUCCGCAUACAAAACUGAAUUAAUCAUAAAAUAUACGCUUUCGAUUGAACGCCACAUUAAAAAAAUAAUAAUCUCCAACCGCAUUGCUUUCAAAAAAAGCACGUAAAGAUUUUUAUAUUUUUUUUCAGAAAUAAAGAAUAAUCCGUUUUGCACAAUAUAAUAUUUACAUUAAUACACUAAUCAACACAUUUAAAUGUGUUCAUAGACCAUAAUUGUUAUGAAAUACUACGCGUACAAAACAAAUGUUGUUUUAGUCUAUAUUUGCUUAUUUUCACAGUUACAUAUUAAUCGUAAAACUCGGAAUGAGUUUAAAUUAACUCGUUCAACUAGUUAAACAAGUAUUAUAACAAAACAAGAAACAAGUUCAUAUUUUAUUCAAAUUAACUUUUUUUAAAUUAUAAGUUCAUAUUUUCAAUGUAUUAGAACUAUAAUCGGAUCGUUUGUUUAUAUACAUUCCAAAUUUUAAAUUGAUAAUUCAAGAAAAUAAUUUAAGCGAUUAACUUAGGUUACUUAACCUACUAAAAAUAAAUGAAUAAAUAACAACUACAAUUUAUUAAUGCUAAGUAGGUAACGUAAUUGUGCUAUAUUGCUCGUUAGAAAUAAUAGAAAUGAAUAAUUAUAUUCGCAUAUCUUCUUGGGACUAUUUAAUUAGUACAAAUACCUACUUCAUAUUUAAUAAAACCACCGAGACUACGAAAAUCUAGUAAAAUACAUUUUUUAUGAACAAAAACUUAUAAAAAAAAAAAUAUAUAUGAACUAGUUCAUGAACGAGUUUAUAUUAAUAACGAAAAUUCAACGGUCUGAUUAUUCGUAACAUGUUUCGUUUUAAGAGUGAUAAUUUGAAUAAAAUAAUAUCUACGCAUAGAAUACACACGCAUAAAAUAUGUUUUAAUUAAUUACAAUGUGUCGAUUUGAAAAAUAAAUGAAAAACGACAAUGAUUAUAAUGAGUAAGGAACGAAUUUAUACGCUUUUAAAAACGUAAAAAAAGCACUUAAAAAAUACUUUAAAAAAAAAAAAAUGAUAGAGAGAUUAAAAGUCUCUCUCUAACGGUCACCCCAAAUAUAUUUGAUCAAGUUGUAUACGUAUAUAGGUAUUAUAAUUUCAAUAAAUCCGUUUCCUAAAGACGAUUAUUCAAAUUUUAAUAUCGUCGAUAAUAAUUAUCAAUUAUUAUAAUUUAUAAUAUACAGGGUUUUUCAAACGGUAUGUUACGGUUUCGAGAGGAUAGGAGUUUCUAUACAUAUUAUCUUAUCAGUCAAACCUAUAUACUCUCAAAACUGUAACAUAAAGUACAUUAUGAAAGACCCUGUACAUAGAUUCACCGAACUGAGUAUUGAAUUCGUUAAAAUUGUUGAAGUUCAAUGCCAAGAAAAAUAUACACAUAUAUAUUUAUGAACCCGUUCUUUAGAAUAUAGGUAUGUAAAGAUCGAACGCUUUUAUUAUUAUUAUUGCUUAUUAUAUAAUAAUUGGUAGCGCUGCAAAAUAGAGUUUAGUUCAUUAAAAUAAAAUAUUCAUUAGAAAAGUAAGCUGGCAAGUAAAUCAGUUGAUAUCUGCGCGCGCAACGGUAAAUCAUUCGAAAACAAAUUUUCAAACCGAGAUCGACUAAACAUAUUUUGAAAUUGAGUGAUUUUUACGACUUUUGUUACUUAAAACGUUUAUAAAAAAAAAUGAUUACGUUACACGUUAUUAUACGUAUAAUAUAUACAGCUUUAAAAUCGCCAAAUUGUUUUGAAAAUUAUAUCUCGUUUAAUAACUACUAAAAUAAAUUAUCUCGGUGAAAAUUGCGUGUCUACAAUUAUUUUUAAUUGAAUUACAAAAAAAAAAAAGAUUUGACUCUACUUUAAAAUUCUUCUUUCAUCGCAAUUUUCAUGUAAUUUCGGGGAGUUUUUAACCCCUAACUCCCCUCCCUCCCUUAUACUCGCGUCUGAUUGUUCCAACAUUGUGGAAAAAAUGAAAAAUUACUAAAUCCGGUUCGAAGAAUUAACAAAAUUAACACAGUUUUAAAAUCGAAACUGUUUAUUGGUAAGUAAAUACUAUAUAGUCUUUCCCAUCCGAACAUGUCGAGCCCACCCAGAUACCAAUUCCUAACUACGACACUGCAUAGGCGUAAAUGAGGGUUGGCGUGGGUUAACUUACUCAGUUUAUCUGUAGGCCACCUAGUGUUUGAACGUGGAUAAUACAAUUCCCGAAUCCGGCAUGCAAUUUACCAAAAUAACGUGUUGUUGCAGUGUAUACUGUAUAAUAGUUUUAAUUCAUCAAAAAUGUUUGUUGUUAAAAUUAUAUCAUAAUCAUCAAAGAAUAAUGAAUAGCAUACAAUUCAUGCAGUUGCACGUCGAUGUAUUCGAUAUUUUUUUCAUAUAAAUCCUAAAGGAAAAUGACGUUUACGAUGACGACGACAAAAAUUAUUAUUACAAACACAAUCGUAUUAUGCAGUAUGUACGCAUAUAGUCUCUGUAAACAGUUAAAAUUCUUUAUAUUUUUUUAAUUUUAUUUAUUCUUCCGAGAAGAUAAUGAACAUCACUGAAUAUGUUCGUUUAUUUAAAAAAAAAAAAAAAGUAUUUUUUUUAGAAGUUUAGAUUUAAUUUUUGUCGAGACAUGUAUAAAGUGGAAUGUGUAUAAUAUCAUGAUGGGACCUAUUGAUUCGGGUAGAUUAAUAUAUUAUUGUGAAAAAUCGCACGUAAACGAAUGUUUUGAAUCGUGCCGCCCGUCAUAUUCCCAUAACAUUUAUCCAAUGAAUAGAUAACAUUAUGGGCUUGAAAAAAAUGUGCCGACGUUCAUAGACCGGAAAUCGUAUUCACCCCGCUCCAAGGAAUUAUUAAACGUAUGAAAAACCUAAAACCUAGUGGAUGAAAAACCGCGACGUCGCGCGCUUCGACGACGACGACGACGACUACGUGUUAAGAUAAAACAGACAGGAAAAUGGAAAGUCCAAACCUAUAACUACCUCCAGCUAAAUACCGAUAGUUAAAUGAGAGAAAAAAGAAAAAGAAAUGGAUUGAAAAUUAUGUUUUUGGGCCCAUGGGCGGAGGAGGAGGAGGGGCAAGACGGCUGCCCCUCUGGACUUGAACAUUUUGAAUAUAAUUUCAAUAAUUAGAUAAUUUUGUUAUAAUUUGUCGGUGUUUGAUUUUAUUAUGUCCUUUCGUAUGUGGGCCUGAUCAUAAAAAGGCUCAGGCCGGUUCUUAUUUAGAGUAAAUGAGUUAUAAAAAAAGUCAUUCGAAACUUUACUAACUUACCCCCUACUUUUACCGUUCCUCCGUGGUAAAUUCCCGCUGGCGCCCAUGCCCGGGUCUGAUCUGCAGCAGGUUUUACUGCGCAGUAACCUUACGCAGUACCCGAGUAUGAAACGGCCGAUACAAUUGGAAUUAUUCUAGAACAGGCGCGUACUGACCUGCCGGGUUACCGGGAAUUUCCCGGUGGGCCCUUGAUUUAUACACGGUUUCCUUAAAUUACCCAUUGUAACUUUGUGAUUUCUUAGGCAGGAAGGCUAUGCAGGGUGGUACUUGAAGAACGUCUGUAAGUGGGCCCUAUUUAAUAAUUUCCCGGUACGAAAAUAAAACCCAGCGCGCGCCUGUUUCAGAGUGAUAAAAACCGUCCCUCAGCCCCCCCGGUUUCCCUGAGUUCCCGUUCGUUAUGUACGCGGUCGCGCGCGCAGGACGAAACGACAAAAAUAACCGAAUCCUACGACCGAAUCGGUCACGGAUCGCGAAUAUUAUGUAUCUCGUGUUGGACGACGCGCCGAGUUGUUUAUCGCGGGAAGUAUAUUAUUGUUAUUAGUAUUGUUAUUGUUGCGCGUAAAUUACGUGGUUUAACCGCCGUGGCGAGGGGAUGCGACGGACGGUGGCGGAGUGCAGUAACGGCGGCGACCGUAGGCGAUAAUAUUAUUAUACCACGACCGUGGGCGACCGAAAGAAGCGACGGCGCGACGUCGUGUAACUAUUUUUUUUUUUCGUUCUUUUCGUCGUACGUUAUUCCGUAGCAGUCAAAAUUCACCUGUCGAGCGACAGCCAGUGCGAGUGCGUACGUCGUCAUCGCCGCCGCGGGCCAACAACGGCGGCUGCGGCGGCGGCGGCGGCGGUAAAUUAUUACUUAUGCGGCUGCUAUGCCUACGUGCAGGUUUUUUCGAAACCGACCAGGUAGGGACGACGCGUCGCCGCCCCCCACCGCCGCGAUACUCGCUCGCCAACGGUUUUUUUCCUGUUCUCCAAUUUCGUCGCCACUUCGCGUCUUCGCCAGUCAGUCGUCGGUGUAUUGUAUCGUUGGACCGUGUGCGCGCGCGCUUCUUUAUUUGCCGUCGUCCACCGCAGCGCGACUCCGCACCACCGACACCACGUACGCGGCUCUGAGGCGGCCCCCCCACCCACGACUCGCCGUAAUCACGUAAUAAUCGACGAGGCGUGUUAUGACACAACAUAGGUAGGUACGGAUAAUCGUAUUGUAAAAUGAAACAGUGCCGUUAAUGUUGUUAUGUAUCGAGACGUCGUCUGCGGACGGUAAUCGAACGGACGAUUGUGAUGGAAUUUCGUCGUCGGUGUUGUCGUUGUUAAUAAAACGCAUCGACGACGACAGCAACAGCGACGGUAUUGUCGUAUUGAUAAUUGUUAUUGUUUUGAUAUCGCGCGAUGACGACGCGGUAAGUCCGCGGCCGCGCCAGCGCUUUCGUGGCGCGUGCGCGUGCGUGUACAGUGCACGCCCGUCUCCGGAACGCGGCCGUCGCGACGAGUCGCCAGUGACAGUGCGCGGCGAUACGCCCAGUUUGUCCGUCGCGCGUGCCGUUUGCGCGCUCGCGUUCUUUUUUUUUUUAUCAAAAAUACAUUUUCGGAUUCAAACUGCCGAGUUCGACGGAAUUGUUUCGCGUUUUUCAAAAUAAAAAAAAAAAUCAAUUUUGUUCCUUUAAUGCAUUAGUUUUUUUUGUUAUUUCGUUCCUCCCCCCCCUCCCCCCGUAGCCGUUUUUAACGGGACCGAUACGGAUGUCAACGCAGUACGGUAGGUACCCGCUCGUCCGCGACUUAUUCCGCAAUUGUUUUUUCCUCCCUCGUGCCGAACAAUAAUUUAUUUAUUAUUAUCAUAUUGUUCGCCGUGUCUCGCCUCGAAACGUUUUCGCGGCGGACAGCGCCGGCGUCCUUGGCGUCCUUCGUUUUUUUUUUUUGCUAUUCCGGCCCGCGACGAAUCGCGUCCGAUCCAAUGACGCGCGCCAACAACAAAAUCGCAGGUUUUUAUUUCCGUUUUCACUUUUCGUUACGGCCGGGCGUGACGUCGCGAUUAUUACCGCAGUCAUGCCCACUGGACUACGCGUCCAAUAACAAUAAUAAUUGAACUCAAUUAACGCACAACCGAAGACGAGUGACCCACUUUUAUUGGGCUGACCCGGUCCCCGGGCCGUAAACGACGUUUAAUUGACGGGGCUCGCGACGAGUCGACGUACACCGCCCACGGUACCCGGGCGAUCGUUUGAAAUAUUAAUUAGUACGGCUAUUGUCGAGUCUUGGUGCAGGUACUGGGAGGUGGUCUUCCGACAGCCGACGGAGCGGUCGUUUGUCGGAUACCACCGCCUCCCCCCCCCCCUCGUCAAUUUCGUUUUUGUUUUUUUCAACUUGACUUAUUGUGUAUCAGCCUAUAUAUUAAUAUUGUCUGUUUAUGGUAUUGUUUAUGCAGGUCCAAAACUAUUUAGAAGAGUGUGAAACUUGUGUGCCAGUUGCAAACAACUCCAAGCAAACGUCCAUAGAGUUAUGUCACCACUGUAAAUUGUCAAUACAUCCUGCCGCCCAAGAUUUACUAUCAAUAUUGACCAAGUUACAUUUCAGGGUAGGCUGCAAUAAUAUAUGAUGGUAACAAUUUUUGCCCUGAUUUAUUCGAUUCUAAUUUUUGGGGGUUUUAUAUUCUAUUUUAAGGCACUUCUUGAAGUACACGAUAAAAUAUCCUUAAAAAGACUGAAAAAAUCGUUUGAUACGGUUGAUUUACCCCCGACACCACCAUCACCGCCACAACAGAACGGAAACAGAAUGUCUACUCCAGCGUAUAAAGUAAUCGGAUUGAGAAAGAAACCUGACGAACCAUUAGUAAGUGUUAUAGCACACAGAUUAAUUAUUAUCAAAAAUUAAUUGGAUGCUUGUCACAAACAAAAUAUUUUAAUUAUAAUAAUUGUAUUUAUAUUUAUUUGUAGGGAUUAACAGUCGAACAAGAUGAAAAUGGAAAUCUCAUAGUAGCAAGAAUAUUGUCGGGUGGAACAAUUGAAAAGCAAGGGUUAUUGAAGAAAGGAGAUGUCAUACUGGAAGUGAAUGGUGAAAGGGUUGAAAGUCCUGAGGAUUUAUUGACCGAAGUUAACCGCAGUAAAGAUACACUACAGUUUAGAAUUGCACCUGGGUUUUAUCAUAAAGUUUCACCGAAAACCCAACAAGUAAGAUAAAUAAUGCGUGUUAUUUUUUUUUUUAAAUUUUACUAAUAAUUACAAUUUCACUUUUACCAAUUCAGUGCUAUAUGCGAGCACUGUUUGAUUAUGAUCCUUCAGAAGAUACUUUAAUACCAUGCAAAGAAAUUGGCGUAACAUUUAAACACGGAGACAUUCUGCAGGUGAGCUUUAUAUUUUAAAUACAAUGUAUUUUUAUACCAUUGAUUAUGUCCAAUAUUAAACAAAAUUAUUUUAUUUUAUAUCCUGAGAAAUGUGAAUGUUUAAUAGCAUGUUUAUUAUACAGAUUCUUGAUCAAAAAGAUCCGAAUUGGUGGCAAGCAAAAAAAGUAGGAAAUAAUGAACUUCCAGGAUUGAUACCAUCUCAAGAAUUGGAAGAAAGAAGAAAAGCUUUUGUAGCUCCGGAAGCAGAUUAUGUUCAUAAAACUAGUAUUUGUGGAACUAGGGUAAUUAUAAUAAAUACAAAUAUGUUAUAAUUUACCUAUACAAUGUUUAUUUAAAUCUAGUUCACAAAAUAUUUUUUUACUAUUUUGGUUUUAGAUUUCUAAAAAAAAGUGUAAGAAAAUGUAUCAAUCAAAAUGGAACGGCGAAUUUGAUAAAGCAGAAUUAUUGUUGUAUGAAGAAGUUACGAAAAUGCCUCCUUUCAAAAGACGAACAUUAGCGAUCAUUGGAACAACUGGUGUUGGUAGACGAACAUUGAAAGGUCGUCUUAUAAACAGCGAUCCUGAAAAAUUUGCUGGAGUGAUUCCAUGUAAAUAUAGUUUUUAUACAGAUUAAUUAUUUAUUAAUAAAAUAAAUUAUUUUAGUGAACCAUCUAUUUGAAUAAUCAUUCACAUUUGCAGAUACUACACGACCUCAAAGAGAAUUAGAAGAAAAUGGACAAAACUAUUGGUUUACUGACCGUGAUCAAAUGGAACAUGACAUUCGAGAGCAUAAGUUCUUGGAGUAUGGUGAACAUGGAGGAAAUUUAUAUGGUACAAACUUGGAUUCCAUUCGUGAUGUCAUUAACCAAGGGAAAAUGUGUGUUUUGGACUGUAGUCCUGUGGUAUGUGUGUGUUUAUACUUGUAUAUAUAUUUUUUUUUAACUCUUUUUAUUUAUUUGCUACAGUGGUAUGACAACUCCUUUCAUUGUCAAGUGCAAUUAAUAAUGAUUAAUAAUUCUUGGUAGUAAUUUUAUGUAAAAAAUUUGUUUGUUUUAGGCUUUAAAAAUUCUUCACAACUCUUCAGAAUUCAUGCCAUAUGUAAUAUUCAUAGCAGCACCCGGUGUCGAAAUAAUGAAAAGUCUCUAUGAUUAUUCGAGGAAUUUAGGUUAUUCCAGUCGUACAUUAACAGUAAGUGCACAUUUUUAUUUCUUUAUUGAUUAAAAACUGAAACCUUCAUUAUUUUGCUCCUACUAAGUAUCUUCUACCAACUCCUACUAAAUAUUACUACCUGUUAUCACUAUUUAUAUGUAUUUUAUGUAGUGUAUUGGUUUUUUAUUUGUGAAUUUAGUUUGAUCGUCAAAGUUCCAUUAGAUAUAGUUCCAGAAGAGCCCGUACAUUGGAAUCCCUUGCAUCUAUAUAUGAGGUAAUUAAUAUUCAAAAUUUAACAAUAAAUAGUAGACAAAUUUUAAUUUUUCUAAAGGUAGUUAAAUAUAUGAGAAUAACCAAUAGACCAACACAUUUUGUAAUUCAGUUUUUUUGAAAACCAAUAAGUAUCAAUAAUAUUUGUUAUGAAUGAACUAUCCGUAUGAAUAUUGAAGUUAUGAAAAUUAAAACUUUUACCUGUAAACUGUACCUAUAUAGACUAUACUAAAUUAUUGUUAUUUUGUAUAUUUAGGAAGAUGAUGUGAAGAAAUCUUUAGAAGAAAGUGCUUGUUUACAACGUAUGUAUGAAAAAUAUAUUGACCUUGUCAUCGUCAAUGAAGAUUUUGAUACCACAUUUCGUAAAGUGGUUGAAGCCUUGGAAAUCAUAUCAAAUGAACAUCAAUGGGUGCCUGUGAAUUGGGUAUAUUAAGUACAAUGACUAGUGACAAUGUACAGUGUCAUUUUUAAAUUGGAUUGAUUGUUUUAUAUUAGUUUAUAUUUUAUUUACAUAAACCACUAUUCGUAACUAUAUUUUUGAUUUUUAAUCUAUAAACAGUUUUAAUAGUAUUUUAUUAUUAUUAUAAUAAUUCUUUAAACUUCCCAAUUUAAUUUGCUUGGCUAUUAUUAUGUUCCUGGGACUAACAUAAUAUAUUGUCUCAUAUUAUGAUCAUAAAUACUUAUUCCGUCCCAUUUAAUUUUAAUUGCAUUAUUACCCACCAUUUAUUUUACGGUAUGUAUUUGAAUGUAUACUAUCACCAAAAUUAUCUACACAUCUUGAUCUAAAAAUUAAAAGUAUUAUUAAAUUAGGUGUAUUUAAAAUAAGUACAAUAAUAAAGUUAAUAAUAAGUAAAUAUUUUUAAAUAUUAUAGUUAGAAUAAUUAUAUCUUUAUAGUUGAUAGUUUAUUUUAUAUAAUGUAGCCAAAGAGAUUAUACAGUAGGUAUUGAUUAUAGGACAUCUCCAAUACAGUGUAUUAUUUAAAAAUAAUUUCUAUUUUCCAAAAUGCUGGACAUGGAUGAAUUUAUAACUGAUUACAUCGUUCUAAAAUAUACACUAUACUACACUAUGGUUAACAUAAUGGUAUUCAUGUCCAAUACUAAUUUUUUAACAAACUGUAUAAUAUCUUUUUUUUCUCAUUGUUUGAUGUAAAAUAACUAAGAUACAAAUAUAUUGAACUGAGUGUUGUGUUCAUUAUUCAUUAAACAGUAUAAUAACAUCAGUAAAUUAUGGUAUAAUAACUAAGUAUAUUUUAAUCAAACAUUUAUUUCUGUAUUAAGAUAUUAUAAGCAUAUUUGUAUUAUAUAUAUAUAUAUUUUUAAGGUUUAAUAUUUUUUUACAUAAACACUGAUAGUUAUUAUGCAUAGAAACUGUGCCAUUUCAUUCAGCUUUGCACUAUUUUUUAAAAUUUUAUAUUAAAUGUCAUGUCAUAAUAUUGUAGGUAUUAUCUAAAUUAUUCUUUCGCUUUUGUAAUAUUAUGUUCUAGUUUGACUAUCUAGCAUUAUAGUAUUAAUAAUACUAUACAUAAUAGCAUAAUAGUAUACAAUUUGAUGCAAAUGUUGCAUCAAUGCGCGUUACAUGUUGCCUUUAUAAAUUUAAUAUUAAUAAAACAAAUAGAUUUUAGCUAUGACAUAUCGUACCAAUAUAAGUAUUAUGAUACAGGUAGGCAAUGACCAUGACCAAAGGACAUGCCUACCUAUUAAUGUUAAUACGUAGUUUUAAAAUACAUAGUUUAUGUUAAAUAAGUAAAGUACCUAUAUAGAACAAAAUGAAUUCGCAUAUAAGGUACACCUAUAUCUACAAACCGUCCAUUUGUUGUAAUUAGUUUAAUCUCAUGUUUAUUUAUUAUAAUUUUUAUUGUAAUAAAAACAUAUGUGUAUGUAUUGUUCAUUAUUGGGAUUAA